AGCAACUAAGCCGGGAAGCAAAAAUUCAAGAUGGCGGUCACAAUAUGUAAAUUAAAUAUUGAUAUAUUCCAGCAGUUUUAUUAUUGAAAGCAUUUAAUUUAUUAUAAAAAUGCACAAUACAUCAUGGUCAAAAAUACUUAGGGAAAACCUGAAAAAGAAAAAAGGUAAAGAUAUUUUGACUUUUGGACCUAAAACUAACUCGUCGAGUUUUGCAGAAUGAAUAAGAAUAAAUUAAGUUUGUCUUAAUUAAGUGUAAGUCAGUUCAAUAAAUCAUUCACAAGUCUGCACUGUACUCUGUACUGAGUAUGCUGAGUAAUCUAUAUUCUAUUCUAUUACUAUUAAAAUUCAAAACUUUCCCAGGGCCUAGAUUUAGGCUCUAACUCUAACUAAAUCAUUUACGUCUUUUGCUAAUACUAAAAUUAGUGAACUGAAAAAAAAGAUUCAACCAAACUUCCUUUGGAUCAUAUUUCCUUCUAUCAAUUUUCCAACCACGAAAAUUCUUUCAAACAAAUUUCGGGAUACCCAGGAAGAGUGAUGGCUUUAACUUUAAUUCCACCACCCCCAGUGCUAUGUGGUCCUUUUGAGGGGAGACCAAUUUGUUACUGGCCGUUUUGAUAUGACACGAUUAGUAAAGUCCGGUAGAUUUAAGUCCUAUAAGAAUUUACCUAAUUAAAUUUUUUAACAUUGGAACCUGUGGUAAUAUAUUACUAGUGUCACUAGACUAGGUUAAAAUCAUAUUUUAGUUUUAGCAUUGCAAAUUCAAUACUGACAACACACAAUGAACUAUUAUAUUAUAUUAAAUUUUUAUUUGAUUUAAAAAAGAAUGUAUUUCAUUAUUUACAGUACAGCACUAUUAUUUUUAUUAUUCAAAUACUGUCUUUCUGUAACAAAAUACUACCAUUUAUUGAAAUGUUCUACUGGGUAUUAGUAAUUUGCUUGUUUUAAUUUUUUUUUAUUCAGUACCGGUAAUCAAAUCUUCACAGGAAGAAGAACUGGAAAUAUUCACUAACCUUUACAAAAAAUAUAAAGGGAAUGAGGGAGAUCAUCGAAAUGUUCCAACCCUAUAUUCAAAGGUAUGAUAAGUUUAAUUUUCUUAAAGAUAAUAUACAAUUUUUUUAAUGCUCCAAAUUAAUGGAAAUGUUUUUGAUUAUAAUAUUCAUUUUUCAGUUCACUUAUAAAUUUUCGUACAAAGACAAACAUUUAAAAAAUAUAACAAUUUUAAUAACAAUAACAAGACAUCUAAAGUAUUUCUCAGUUGAAAAAUCAGCGGUCAUAUGUCAUGGGACUUCACUCCCUUAGUGACAUUAUUGACUGAUUUGCUUCUCCAUAACUUUGUUAGAGCUCCAUAACUUUGUUAGAGAUUUUCAACUUUUCUACACUUGAAAACCAAACAGUUAAAAUGUGGAGAGUGACAUAAACUUGGCGUUAACAAAAAAAUGAACUACAAAUUUAGAAGCUCGUUAAUGAGUUACAAUUUCAAACAUUGCAUUAAUUGUUAUAUAAGUUAACAUUAAAUUGAAUUAUGUUAUACUAAAAUUAUAAUACUUUCGAUUUAUUUUCUUUCACCCUAUUAUGAAAUGUGAUGUUUUAAAUAAAUGAGAAUCGCUGGAUGUUUGCCUCUAAUUAAUGGGAUCAUGACCGCAUAAAAGGUUGGGAAACUUUUGAGCUUAAUAUAUUUGUUUAAUGGAAUAAAACAAAUGCGCGAUGUGCCUUGCCUUUGUGAAUUUUUAUAGCAUUCAUAAUCUAAUUACAGCUUCCCUCAGAGGAUCAGCCAUUGUUGCUGAAAUUACGAGAGGAGUCAAGGUAAUAUAUUCAAAUUAUUAUUGAAAUAUGUAUUAUAUAAAUUUGUUUAUGUCUCAUCAGCAUACUUUAUUAUGUCUUUUAUUUGGAAGCUUAGUUUUCUUGAAAUUAACCAUUUAGAAAAAUUGAAACGUAUCUUAAAUUGCAAUGGGAUCUGUCUUUCCAUUUUUCAACAGAGCAUUAUUCCUUCAAAGAAGGAGCAGAGAACUUCUUGACAAUGACGAGCUUCAGGUAAAUUAAGAAAACUUUUUAAAAAUGAAAUGAAAAAGCCUGUCAACUAUUAAUUAUAGCUUUUAAUUAACAUUAUGGAUUCACAAAAUUUAUUGUAAUAUUUCUAUCAUUGAUUUUUAAAAAAUUCUUCCUAAUGCAUCUUUAUUUAGAAAUUAUGGUUCCUGUUAGACAAACAUCACACCCAUCCUCUGAAUGUUGAUGAACAGAUGAUAAACUAUGAAGAUUUUCUUAAAGUUCAAGAUGAGGCCGGGCCCAAGUGCAAGUAAGACGAAGUUAAUAUUACUUGGAUAUGUUUUUUUUUUUAAUGUGAGUCAUUCUCUUUGCAUACUCUUUUCUUUCAAAUUUCUAAGAGAAUUGUGGGUGACAUCAUUGAAAGCUAAAUAUAAAAUAUAGAUUUUUAUAGGGAAGCACUUUUUUUAAAGGACUUAAAUAUCUAAAAUUGAUAUAUUGUCAACGAGAUUUUAAACCUAAUGUCUGAAACAUAUUUUGUAUAUUACACAUGUGUUAACUUCUGUUAGUUAAUAUCAAUGUGUAGGGUAGAUAAAUACAGGCCAUGCAGAAAAUUAUUACCUAGGAUCUGGAUAAGUUUUUAAGUUUGUUUCAUGAAUUUCAUAGUCUGUGUUAAAUGGACUUUUUAAAAAAAUGCUUCACAUGAAAAAAUAGGCUGGCAACUAUUUCUAGUUAUGUCUUUCCCUGAUAAUAUGUAUGGAAUUAUUUUUGAUAUCACCAACUUUUUGUUUAUAUUUUUCAGACCAUUUUUUCAAGCAUCAGUAUUUUCCAAAUUGUUACAGAAUGACCCUUAUGGGCGUAUAUCUAUUAUGAAAUUUUUUAACUAUGUCAUGCGAAAAGUCUGGUUACAUCAAACUCGUAUUGGUUUGUCUCUCUAUGAUGUGGCAGGACAGGGUUACCUUAAAGAAUCGGUAAAAAUAUAAUUCUUUUCAAUACCUAUCAAAAUAAUUUUUUUCAGAAAUAUCGAUAAAUUAAUUUUAUAUUUUAAAAUCGUUUAAGACAUACAUUUUUUGAUGGUAUGAUAAAACAUUGAAAACAGAAAUUGUUUUUAUUGCCGAUUUGUCUUAGUUUAAGAUGAUUGCAGUUUUUAUCUUUCUCUUAACAGGAUCUUGAAAACUACAUCCUCGAGUUGAUUCCCACACUACCUCAGGUGAAUACAUGUGGUUAUUUGUCUGUUAUUAACUGUUAAGAUGCCUGUGAUAUUCAUUUUUAAAUUUCUAGAUUAUUUGCAUGAUCUGCUUGCAACUUAUCUGUUCAAAUCUUUUUGUUUUAUCUCAGUAAUUAAAUGGACCGAAGUCAAUGUUUGCUUUCACGGUUUAAUAUUCAGUACAUUUUGGAUAUUUUUAACAAUCUUCUCAAUUUGUAAUAUGUCUUACACACGUAUUAACUUAUUCAACACUUUUAUUAUCUUCAUCAACUUGAGGACAUGAUCAGUCUAUUAACAUUUUUUAACUGUGUUUUUAUCACCCUAUAGUACACACAUAUUGAUUGAAUUAUUAAUUCAUUUUAUUUCUGUUCUAAAGCUCAAUGGAUUAGAAAGAUCAUUUUAUUCCUUCUAUGUAUGUACGGCUGUUCGCAAGUUUUUCUUCUUUCUUGAUCCCUUGAGAAAUGGUCGGAUACGAAUACAAGACAUUCUGGCUUGCAGUUUCUUAGAUGACUUGCUUGAGGUACGUUUUAUUUCGACACUUAUGUUUUAAUGGAAAUGGAAACAAUUUAUCGGUCAUAUUUUUGAGUUAAUUAUAUUAAAGGUGUUACUGUACAAGUUAUUAACAAUUUAUAAUAAGAUGUGUUGCCGUAAAGAUUAAUUAUAUUAAAAGAAUCAAACUAUUCUGUGCAAGGCUUGCUUCUUGUAACAUAACUCACAAAUAGGAAAUUUGAUUUUAUUUGAUGUUAAUUAUAAGACUUUAAUUUUGACUUUAGGGCCAUAACCUUUUAUAAUUUAUAUUGACUGAAACAUGAUACUUUGGGGGAAAUGUUUUUGAUUUAAUGGAUAAAAUCCUUGUCAUAAGGAUCAGUGCUUAUAACAGUUAAAUCUUUUUGGUUAUAGUUUAUAUUGCUUUAUAUUACAGUUGAGAGAUGAAGAACUUUCUAAGGAGAUGCAAGAAUCUAACUGGUUUUCAGCCCCAUCAGCUCUCAGGGUUUAUGGCAAGUACCUGAACCUAGACAAAGACAGAAAUGGUAUGCUCAGUAAAGAGGAGUUAGCCAGGUAAGUGUUAGAACAAGUCUUAAAACCAUUGACACUUAAUAUCCACACCAUGUCGAUCAACGUCUAUAUAACACAGAAACAUGAAAAAUUCAUGAAUAAUCUCCCUCUAGCUGUGGAAACAUGUUUACAUCCUUCCCAAAUGUAUAAAUCCCAACUUUUAAAUGAAAAUAGUUUGUUUAAAGUCGAUUUGUCAAAUUUUGAGUUUUUUUACACUGAUCAAUAGUAAUUUUGUCAAAAAUGGACUUAGAUGACGAAUUUGAUUUAGACGUAAUAAUAGAUAAUUUAUUGGUAAAGUAUCUUAGAUAAAAUAAUUCAUAUUUCUGUAUUUAAAUUAACUACUGAAAUAAAUAUUGUCAGCCAGACAAAGUUAUUGCGUUCACCAACUCAUAAUCAUAACCUUAUGUAUCACUGGACCAGGGGGAAAUUUAAUAUGGAUAGAAUGUUUUUAUGUAUGUGCUAAGUGGAUUUAAAGUGUUGACAUUUACAGCACAGAGGCUUUAAAAAUUACACAUUUUAAUUCUGCCUUUCACAAUGAAACCUUUGUCAGUAAAAGGAGCAUGUUUGACACCAUUGGUGCCUUAAAUAUUAUCACCAUUCACAAAUCAGGUUUCCUUGGUUUUUUUUUACAAAAAAUUCUGAAAACAGUAAAUAAUGGUAUUAAUAACUAAAUAAAAGAAAUAUAAGUGUGUGUUUAAACACAAAAAUUAAUUGGCUUAUAUUUUUUUCCACAGUGUCAAUGUCAUAAUUUGUAACAACUGCUCAAGUUUCACUUCAUUUCACAUUAAUCAUUAAACCUUUUAAUAUUUAGGAAUUUAUUGUUUUAUUUUAGUUGAACAUUACUUCAUUGUUAGAACCGUGUAAAAAUUUCUAAACUAGUACAGUGUUUUUGGUUUAGUUUUGAUUCAAUAUCAUAUAAUAAAUGGUUCUUCUUAAAUACUUUAUACUUAAAUACUUCAUAGGGUAUUAUUUUUUUUUUCUUUUCAAUUUGUACAAAUAGAUAUGGCACUGGCACUUUGACUGAUGUAUUUUUGGAUAGAGUUUUCCAAGAAUGCCUUACUUAUGAAGGAGAAAUGGUAAGCAGACCAUACUUAAACCCAUAAAAGUUAAUUUCUUAAUAGUAUAAUAUCUAAGAAAUGAUGAGAAAAACUUAAUUGAAUUCUUAAAUUCCUUUUUAAGAUGAUUGUCAUGUAUUGUAUUUAGCUAUUUCAGUGGUUCAUAUUUGUGGUUUUUUUAGGAUUACAAAACCUACCUAGACUUUGUGCUUGCCAUGGAGAAUCGUAGAGAACCACAGGCACUAAGAUACCUGUUUAGAAUAGUUGAUGUCCAACAUCAGGGCUAUCUCAAUGUCUUCUCACUAAACUAUUUCUUUAGGGUAAGUGAUACAAUCUUUACCUGGCAAAUUAUUGCAUGGGUAGGUAUUGAGUUGUGUUUUGGAUUGAGUCCUUGCCCUUUUUGGUAAUAAUGAAAAAUGUUUAUUUCCAUUGCCACAAGUAAGUUGUCUUACUUCUCCUAAUAGUGAACAGUACUCCCUCAAUUUGCCAAGAGGAGUCAAUGUCUGUUGAUUUUAGGAUUCAACUUAUACAUUUUUUUAUUUAAACAUGUCAAUAGCUUGCAUUUUAUCCAUAUAAUAUCCAUUUAACUCAUUCCUGAUGGCAGUGCUACUUCCAUACUUAAUUUAUAGUCCUGAGUAGGGGAAGUAACUCAGAUUUGCAAUUGAUUUACAUUUAUAAAAUUAAAAUAUUUUUAAAGCUGCUAAGUAUUAAUUAAUAUUAAUGAAUUAAGGAUAAAUGGUUCCAGAAAUGAAAUAGGUUUAAUUGUAAAAAAACAUAAAAUUAACUGUAAAAAAAAUAAGCAAUGACCAAAUAAUCUGUUCUUGGAACCUCUAUGAACACAUGCUAUGUAAAGAUGUACCAUACUGAAGCACACAUAGAUUGAAAGUGAAACAAAAUAAAAACUUCAGUUUAAAAAUGAAAGAGGUGUAUCGCCACUCUGCCGGGACGCAUUUGGACACAUCCAAUGCAUUUAGUCCCAAUUGCUGGCAAUGAGUUAAUAUAAGAAUUUAAGUUUUUAAUCAAAUUCUUUUCUGAAAUUUUUAAAUGGUCAAAGUGUUUUUUUAAAGUUUGCCACAUUUAUUUAAAUAGUUUUAAGCCCCAGUUUGCUGGAUAUACUUAAACUUAUAUUUGUGGUAUAUAUAAAUAAAUAUUUGAGUGUUCCAUAAAAAUGGUUUCAUUGCAUGUCAUACUUGAAAUUCUUCUUUAUUAUUUGUCAAACCAAAUGAAAGUUUGUUCAUAAGCUUGAUUAACUGCAGUGUUCAGUGAUUAUUUCUUGCAGGCCAUUCAAGAACAGAUGAAAAUUCAUGGACAUGAGCCUAUUCAAUUUCAAGAUGUCAAAGAUGAGAUUUUCGACAUGGUCAAACCCGAAAACCCUCUUAAAAUUACCCUCAAUGAUCUUAUAAACAGGUGAGAUGUGCGAUUUAUUUCUUAUUCUAUGGUACAAAAUUUUUCACAUACUUUCAUAUAUUAGCAUAAAAGUUUCUUCAUUUUGCAAUUACACUGACAAAAGUGUAUCACUUUUGUCUUGUCUAAUUUGUUUCAAUUAUAAUUAAAUUAUUCUGUGGUGCAAGAUGAAAUAGUUGUUGACACAUUUCAUACAAUUAAGACCAUCAAAGUUGACAAAUUUUUCUAUUAAAUAAAUAUGGCACCUCAUAAAUUGAAACAUUUGUCUUUGGAGGAAUUUAUUUACCAGAAAUUUAUUGUUUUUUUGGAAUGAUUAAUAAAGAUGUUAUUAUUAUUAAGAUGAUGGCCAAAUUUAUAUUGACCACUCUUUACCAUCCACUUGCAGUGGUAAAGGUGACACAGUGAUCAGUAUAUUGAUAGACCUCAAUGACUUCUGGACCUAUGAGAGCAGAGAGUACCUGGUCCCUGACUUGUCUGAUGAGGUCUGAGUGAACUGCUGUGUCAAUAUUAACACAGCAGUUAUUUGACAGUCAUCCAUGACUACCAGCCCUCCAAUCAACAAAUGAGUCAUCAUUUUUCUUGAAAAACUGUUGUAACCAAAUAAAGUGAAAAUAUUCACGUGUGUCAUGUAAAUAAUUGAUGCUUAGAUCUUAGUGUUUAUAAUGAGGAUAUGUUGUGAAUAACUACUGAACCAUGGUAUAUUUUAUUUGUUAUGUUUAGACUGGAGUGCUGAAGUUACAUUUAUGUUUCUUGUAUAAUUUGAAAAACUUAAGAAGUUCAUAAUCAUGAAUGUAAGCAGUUGUGCACUUUUGUACACUUGCCAGCAUGUUGCUCAUUUGAUAGGAUAUUUAUUAUGGACUGUGUGACUGGGUUUUGUGUGUCAGUGGACAAAGGAUUACAAAUCUAGAGACCGAUUGCUUGUAUCUGUCUAUGAAUAUAAACACAAUAAAACAAGAGUUUAUCAAAGA